ACCUUAAGAACAAUUCCCAGUCAAGAUGUCUCUUCUGACAAACAAUAAUGUCAUCGAUGUUAUUGUAUUGUUAGCUACGAUAGUUUUAUUGGGUAUUGCCUAUGUAAGAUAUUGUUAUGGGUAUUGGAAAAGAAAGGGGGUUGUGCAGUUAAGGCCUCAAUUCCCUUUGGGAAAUUAUGGAAAUAAUCUUCCACGAGGAAUCUCAAUAGGAGCCGUAACCAAGAAGUUCUACGAUGAGUUUAGAAGAAAAGGAUUGAAAUUUGGAGGUGUAUAUUUGGGACUAGACCCAUAUUUAGUAAUAGUAGAUCCGAUAUACGCUAAAGACAUUUUAACAAAAGAUUUUCAGUACUUUACGGAUAGAGCACUGUAUUUUAGUAAGAAGAGUCCCAUAACCGUACAUAUUUUAUCUCAAGAAGGUACAGAAUGGAGAGAGGCAAGGGCCAAAUUUACCAACAUAUUCACCUCUGCAAAGAUGAGAUUCUUUUUCGAAACUCUAAAAAAAUGCAGCGAAGAUUUACAAUCAACCUUGAAAGAAUACGUUGAUCAGGAUAAAGAUGUUGAUAUAUUUGAGACUGUAGCUUGUUAUACAACCGACAUCAUUGGAGAUGUAGUUUACGGCAUUCAAGCACAAAGUUUCUCCAAGGAAGGUGCUAUUUUCAGACAAAUGGGAAGAGAGCUGUUUAACGUAUUCAGUAAAUUCUUUCAAUUUAAGAUUUUAAUUACCAUCUGUUAUCCCAAAAUCGCAAAAAUGCUGGGCAUAGUCAAUAUUCAAGGCCAUAUUGGAGAGUUCUUCAUGAAAUUUUUAAAAGAAGCUAUGGAUGUGAGGGUAGCGAACAAGGCUACUAGAUCAGAUUUUCUUCAGCUGCUCAUUGAGAUGAAGAAUUCUGGUGUUGAUCUUACUGACGAUGAAAUGGCUUCUCAGGCAUUUUUGUUUUUCACCGCUGGAUUUGAGACCUCUUCGAUGUCUAGCAGUCUGACAUUAUUUGAGCUAAGUCAACAUCAAGAUGUUCAAGAUAAAAUAAGGGAAGAAAUUAAUGCUGUAUUGAAGAAACACGACGAUAAAAUAUCGUACGACGUACUGAAAGAGAUGAAACUUUUAGAUCAAGCUUUUAAUGAGACUGCGAGGAAGUAUCCUGUUCUAUCCACAAUAACUAGGGUCUGUACGAAGGAUUAUAAACUCGAAGACAACGAUUUUGUUAUCAAAAAAGGUACUCCUGUGCUACUCCCGCUUUUAGGAUACACCCAAGAUCCAGAAUAUUACCCUGAUCCUUUAAAAUGGGAUAUAAAUAGAUUUCAAGAUAAAGACGAGAAACACCUUGGAUACUUUCCUUUUGGAGAUGGGCCUAGAAUUUGUAUGGGAUCAAGAUUUGGAUUAAUGCAAGUCAAACUGGCAUUGGUAUCAGUACUACGUAACUUCAAAGUCUUCGUCAGUCCCAACACCGAAAUACCACUUCAAUUCGAUGAACAAACCUUCGUAACAAAAACUACAGAUAGGAUUUUCUUAAGAUUAAAAAGUAUUUAAACUAAUAAAACAUACGAAUGUACAGUAUUUCUCAUGAUCAUCUUUCGGUGCGUCACAGCAUUGAUUAUAGACACGGAUAUCCGUGUCUAUAAUCAAUGGUCACAGUUUUUCGAUUUCUUUCUAACGCAUUAAAUUGUAUGUGACAGAAAAAAAGGCACGUCGGUGAUUACAUUUCGUCGGUGACAUUUUUAUAACAUUUAUUCUAGUUAUUCUAGUUGUCGAUAGAUGGCGCCAUAAUAAAAAAAUAUUUUUUUUUAAUUAGAUAAUAAUAUUACAAAUAUAAUCUGUAUAAUUUAUAAGACUAUACAAAUCAAAGAAAAUACCAUUUUAUAAAUGCAAGAAACACUUUUGAUUUGUUUUUAUUCCAAAUUGAAAACAAAAUGUGACAACUCUCGGAUUUAACUAAAAUGUCAUGUUAGAAUAAAUGUCAUAAAUGUGUAUUAUCACGGACUUACCCUUUUUCCUAUCAUUUGUUACGCACUGAAAAAUGAUCAUGAGAAAUACUGUAUAUAGUUUAUCUUUAAGUAAUAAAAAUUAUUGUUAUA